AUGGGUCUCUUGCUCAUUCGCAUCAACAUGCAAGAUAAUUUAGGCAUUGAACAGAAUACUAGGAUAGCAUGUGUAGACCUUGGAGUCUCAGAUGAAGAGUAUGGGGACUCUAGCUCUGAUUCUUCAUGGAAACACAAUCUACAUAGUGACUCUGAGGAUAAAGUAGUUCCAGAAAGGGUCUCAAAUUAUGACUGUGAGGAUAGUGAUACCAAUUUUUCUGAAUUUGAGGAUAAUGAGACAGAUAUUGUGGUUCCUGAUUCUGAAAGUGAGGAAAAGGAUGACCUUAUGAGACAACACACUUGUGGGAUGGACAAACACUAUGCUGAAGCUAUUUUUGACUGGAUGGCCAAGAAACUGGUUUGUGUAAUAAGAGAUCAUCCUAAUAUGACCAGCAAAGGUGUAAAGGUAGAGUUGAGGAAGUAUGGUGUGAAGCCAAGUAAAAUGAACAACAAUCCCAAUAGCAUUUGCAAAAUACAUUAUGAUAGGCCAAAUCUUUUAGUUGAGCCUAAGUUUUUGAGAAUAUUCAUCAGCUUCAAAGUUCAAAAGCAGGGAUUCAUGGAAGGUGGCAGGCCUUUUUUGGGGUUUGAUGGAUGUUUCUUGAAGGGUCCAUUUGGAAGUGUACUUCUCACAGCAGUUGCUUUCGAUGCAAACAACAACAUAUUUCCAAUAGCCUUUGCUGUAACUGAAUGUGAGAACAAGGAAACCUGGAGGUGGUUCUUCUACUACUUUCAAAAGUUCUUUGGACCAUUUGACAACAACAUCCCUUUAAUUUUCAUGAGUAUAGGCAGAAGAUAUCAUAGCAGUUUCUUUUGGAAGGCAGCUAAAAGUUAUGAUGUAGUUGGCCAUAAUAAAGAAAUGGCAAGUAUUAAAGAUAUUAACAUAGAUGCUUGGAAAUAUCUGGAUAAAAUUCCAAGAAGUGCUUGGUGUAGGCAUGUCUUCUCACCUGAACUUAAGUGUAAUCAUGUGACAAAUAAUUUCACUGAGACCUUUAAUAAUUGGGUUGGUGAUCUAAGAGGAAAGCCUAUACUCACUUUGGUGGAUGGAUUGAGAAGAAAGUUCAUGAAAAAACUGCACAAGAGAUACCAAAAAGGUUGCACAUUGACUAGUAAUGUCACUCCUAGAAUUGCUGAGAAACUCAAAGAAAUUAGCCAAGCAUCAAGAAAAUAUGAGAUGCAUUUGACUAGUGAAGACACAUUCGAGAUUGGUGAUCUGGACAGAAACACAUUCGAGAUUGGUGAUCUGGACAGAAGCUACAUAGUCAAUCUCACCCAAAGAAUCUACGACUGUGGUGCUUUUCAGAUAUCUGGAAUUCCAUGCAAACAUACAACACCAGGAAUUAUGUACAGGACAGAAGUUGGAGUCUUAUUGUGA